CUGUCAUCUAAACAAAAUCAUAUGUGUACCAAAUUAUCUACAAGUCACAACAUACCUAAUUAGAAACAAAUUCAUUUUAAGAAAUAUAUAUUUAAGAAUAAAACAGAUGAAUAAAAAGUAUUUACCAAAUUAUUUGAUAAAAAGUACUUUAUGUCCUAGUCAGAAAUGUUAUUUAAUGAGUCAACACAAAAUUUAGAAUACAUCUAUAAUAUUUACUUGAACUUUGUAGCUGAAACAUUAAUUUAUGUAAGAAAUUUUAUACUGUACAUCGGUGUCUGGCUGCUUGGCUACUUGUUAGUGUGUUGUGUUGUGUAUCGUCGUUACGCCAGGAAAUUACCAACUCGGACUCGUGGUGCCCUCGGGGCCAAGAGAGUGUUGUUAGUAGUUGCUCACCCAGACGAUGAGUGCAUGUUUUUUGGUCCCACAAUAUUUAGAUUGUGCGAACAAGGUGCUGAAGUGUAUUUACUUUGUUUAUCCAAUGGUAAUUAUGAAGGAAAGGGCGGAGAAAGAAAGAAAGAAUUAUGGGAAGCUUGUCAUGUUCUUGGGGUACCAGACAGUAAUAUAUGCCUUAUCACAGACACAAGGCUACAAGACAGCCCUAAGGCCCAGUGGGCAGUUCCAGUCAUAGCAAAGCUUAUACAGCAUCAGGUGGAAGCUUUAGACAUUGAUACUCUAGUCACAUUUGAUAGAGGAGGUGUUUCCUCUCAUCCAAAUCACUCGGCAGUAUUUUAUGCAGUUGCAUAUAUGUUUGUUGAAAAAAAUAUGCCACAAAAGUGCACAGUAUACACCUUAGAUUCUGUAAAUAUUUUAAGAAAGUAUUUGGGCUUCUUGGAUUUGCCACUUAGUUUUGUACUGUCUUCCAAAAGAUACUUCCUGAGGUGGACGGAAAGUCGUCGUGUGACACGAGCUAUGAAGAAACACAAAAGCCAAAUGGUGUGGUUUAGAUAUUUAUAUAUAAUGUUUUCAAGGUACAUGAUCAUAAACACGCUUAGGAAAAUUAAUCUUGCCGAUAUUGAACUCGAACUAGAAGUUGACGAUUAAUAUUUUCAUUUUUUUUUUACGUUGCAUUUUAUUGGUAAAUGCUAAAAAAUAAUUCCUGUAUGUAGUAAGGUAUUAGACUUAGUUGAUGUUCUGUGUUGAUAAAUCCAAAAGUAUAUUUCAUACUUCAUCAAGAGUUUGUUGUGACAUGAUUUAAUAUUAUACACAGUGGUGCAAACGUUAUAUUUAUAUAUAACGAAAUUAAAACAAAGUAAAACCCGGGCGUACCCGCUCACCCGCUCCCCGCACAAUCCCCUUUGACUUCAGUCGGCAUUACUUUAGGUUAAUAUUUUUGUGAAUGAAUAGUUUGGAAGGGCAAUGUUUGACCUAUUUUGGCCGUAAGUUAUUAACUCAAUAUGUAACAAUAUCUCGGAUAAUGUUACAGGAUGUUGUAAAUUGAUGAAAUGAAAAAAAAUCCUGUGGCUAAGUCAAUGAAUGUAUUCGAUUGUUUGUUUUUGUGUACGGUCACAAAAUGUCAUAUAUUCAUUGGGUUAUCAUUUAAUGCGUUGACGCCACAUUGUAUAAUAUAUUUAGUUUUAUGUUAUUUUCUAGUCUUCUAAACAUAUCGAAAUUUAUGUUAUGCUGGAUAAUAUACUUAUAUUUUCUGCCGAUGUUAUUCAAAUUAUUAUAUUACCAAAAUCGUUCUAUGUCAUAAAGUGUAAAUAUUUUAACUUUGCCCCUCUCUAUGUACAUAUAUUUUUUAAUUAUACAUAAUUUGAUUAUUACAAAACUGAGUGGUCUGGAUGUCUGUCAGUUCGAUC